AUGGCGACCCAGAGCUUCCAGUCGCCCAACGCCAUUCCACCGCGCACCUCCUCGAACGGCAUCUUCGCCGCCCACGCCUCUCCGCCGCGCCCCGUCCUGCGCCCGCUCUCCGAGAUCGACUGGAUUUCGUCGUCCAAGAAGAAUUCGCUUCUCUCGAUGCGCGCCUCCUCGCCCUCCCCCCCGCAGUCGCCCUCCCAACAAACCCAUACAUACCCUGUCCCCAUGACGCCGCCCCCGCCCGACCCGUUGAGGAACAUCAGCGACGAGCUGAUAUACGGAAAAGGCUCUGGAUGGUCUGAGGAGAAGGAGAAAAUAUUGCUGGGCCCCUACGAGUACCUGUAUGGCAACCCGGGCAAGGACAUUCGCAGCCAGAUGAUCGCUGCCUUCAACGCCUGGCUGCAGGUGCCGGAGAAGUCGCUGGAGAUAAUCACAAGUGUUGUAGGAAUGCUGCACACCGCAUCGUUACUAGUCGACGAUGUGGAAGACAGCUCGAUGCUUCGUCGCGGCGUACCUGUUGCCAACAGCAUAUUCGGCACCGCUCAGACUAUCAACAGCGCAAACUACGUCUACUUCCUCGCCCUCCAAGCACUGUCCCAGCUGCAAAACCCGACCGUGAUGGCCGUCUUCACCGAGGAGCUGUUGAACCUGCAUCGAGGGCAGGGCAUGGACUUGUUCUGGCGCGACACGCUGACCUGCCCGAGUGAGGCCGACUACCUGGAGAUGGUGGGAAACAAGACGGGCGGUCUUUUCCGGUUGGCAAUCAAGCUGAUGCAGGCUGAAUCGGCUCGAGAUCUAAACUGCGUCCCACUCGUCAACACUAUCGGCCUCCUCUACCAGAUCCUCGACGACCACCUGAAUCUGCGCUCGGAGCGGCUCUCGGCACAGAAGGGUUUCGCCGAGGACUUGACCGAGGGCAAGUUUUCCUUCCCCGUCAUCCACGCAAUCCGCGCCGACCCGGCCAACCUCGUGCUCGUCAACGUGCUCAAGCAGAAGACGGCCGAUCCGGAGGUCAAGAAGUACGCCGUCGCGUACAUGGAGCGCAAGGGCAGCUUCGAGUACAGCGCCCGCUGCAUCGGAGAGCUGCGCGAGAAAGCGUUGCAGCUUGUCGAAGAGGUUGAGGCGGCCGCCGGCGAGCUGGGCGGCCAGGAGGGCGCUGAGGGCGUGCGGGCGAUUCUAGAGAAGAUGAAGGUGGAGUAA